UUUGGUUUUCAGUUUUAUGUAGCUAGUCUUAUAUAAGCCCUCUACCUGACCGUUGGAGCAUUGCACAAUCCGGGGCAACAUCGAUCGAUUUCACACACCGCUGCCUGCUGGGCAAGUGACUUCCGGCUUUGGGCCACCGACAACCAAGCCCCCGAAAAGUGGCCAACUAUAAAUGGCUAUGUUGUUGUCAAAAUGCUGCCACAAAUUUGACGAGAGUGCAACGCGAUGGAGCUGCCAAUUGGAAAGUUAUUCGGAGUGCUCAAACAGCUGAGGAUGCAAGUGUUGCUAGUGCAAUUCAUGUUGCUCGUGUCGCCGGCGAUGUUGCAACAUCAGCAGCAUUUGUUCUAUCACCCCAGGCAGUUAUACAAUGAUGCACCGCGUCUGCGGAGAUUUGAGUAUGCAGCAGCAACUACGCCCUAUGUGGCUGGCUAUAACCCAGUGGCAGCGGCUCCCCCGGCGAUUCACUUCCAACAGCAGACACCGCACUUCCAGCUGGUCAACUACCGACCCACCUACCAGCCCUUGGCCUUGGAGUACCAGCAGCAACAGUUGCCCGCUCCAGCCCCGCCCCUUCCGCCCCUCUAUCCGCAACAGAGUGUCCAGUAUCAGCAGAGGACCAUUGCUCCACAUGCCGAGUUGGCCAAGUAUCGCUAUGAGGGAAACUAUCUGCCGGUGCAGAGGGUCUCCCUGCAGCAACCUCAACCUCAACGUCGCGCCGAGGAGCAACAGCAAUUGCAGCAGCAACAGCAACACUUGCAGCAGCAACAGCAACACUUGCAGCAGCAACACUUGCAACAGCAGCAACUCUACAAUGUGCCACCGGCUCUCUUCACCAGCGAUGUGCUACAUGUGAUUCCACCUCGGAUAGCCAGACUGCAGGAACAGCAGCAGCAACCCUCGCAGAAUGUCCAGACCGAACGACCCAGGAGGUUUGCCAAAGAUCUGGACACGGAUGUCGCGGAGACCAAGGAAACCAAAUACUUUCAUGACAUUUUCAUGCGGUUUGAUGGUCCCAAUUCUCGGAGUCACGGCCACGUCCUCAAGCAUCCAAAGGCGCAGGAAAAACGAUUUGAGUCCCAACGAGGCACGAACCGCUACAAGGGCGAGGUGAUUUGGACAGAUCGUCAAGGAGGCCAUGGUGAGCACCGCUGGGACAUGGCGCAAGGAAAACUCUAGGACCAAAACCCUGAUUUGCAUACCCCUUCCAUUUCCUCUCCUUACCCCACUCUCUGUACAUACCCAUCAGAACUCGCAUAAAUCGUGACUUUUCAUAA